AUGGACGACGAUGGUCCGGCAGAGAUCGAGGAAGUCCUUGCUCGGCUCCGCCAGGGACAAGACGUAUCGGACAAGCCGAGUCGAGAAUUUGAGGGGGGCGGAGCGGACGGGGCUAAUGAUGCCGAGCCCGAAGACGGGGCCAAAAUGAUCAACGAGAUAACCUCUUCCGGCAUGUUUGCGUUGGACGGACCGCCGGGCGUGUCGGAUGCGGAGAAGGUCCGCUUUGCUUGCAAUGCCGUGGGCGGCGACGGGGCCGAGGACGACCGGCGGGGCCCGAGGGCAUGGAUAAGUCGUGGAGAUGAAUUCGCCGACUCGCUGGACGCCUCGUUCUUCGCGAAGACCUUUCCCACCCUAUUGCCGUUCGGAUGUGGAGGACCACGGCUGGCGGAGGAAGUCAUCCUAGGGUCGGAGGGGACGGUCAAUUCGCGCGCUACGGCAGUCGGAGACGAGACGGCCGCGCGAGAUCUCCUGUCGUCUCGGAACAUGAGCCUUCGGACGUGGGCCGGCAUCGUGCUGCGGCGCCAUGGUGGCCGAUUCGCGACGCAUGCCAUCUUCUCGUUUCUCGUUUUCAACAUGGACGUGCGGUCGAGGAAUCGUCGUGUCAGCAUGCUCAGCGUGACGCGGAAGAACUUCCCCGAGGUAGAGCGCAUCGUACAGUCGCUGACCGCAGAUAGGUUGGCGGCGGCCAGGCUGGAGUUGGAGAGCCUGGGCAAGACCACCGAUGAUGGCGUGAAGGAGCUCCUAAGAUGCCUUUCGCUAUACGGCUACCGGCAGCCCAUGUCGAGGGAACUCCGUCUGAGCAUGCGACGCAAGAUCCAGUCACUCAUCUUGUGUCGUGGCGUGCCUGCAAUAUGGUUCACGCUCAACCCGAACGACAUCACGAACCCGGUGAAGCUGAGACUGGCGGCGUACCGCACACGUGAUCCUGAAGCGGCCGAGGCAUUUCUGAGAAGCCUCGACAUGGCAUUCAAACGUGCGCGGCUGGCCAUCUCGGACCCGUUGAGUUCGGCCGAAUUCUUCCACCGGGAAAUGACGUUGUUCCUCGAAAAUUACGUCAGAGUGGGCGAGGAGGGAAACGCGCAUCUAAGCUCGAUGCUUGUCGAUAUCCACGGCGAGGAUCAAGCGGAAUACCGAGAACGCAUCGUCAGAUACGUCGACAGCGUCUUUUCCGAGGAUCUCGACCAGGAAGGUUUCUGCGCAAUCCAGGCAGAGCGAUCGGUGACGUUAGAUAUAUCGCAAUUGCUAGGCGAUGAACGGCAAUUCUCAGCCUCGUUCGACGAAGAAGCGAACUUCUGUGCCGGCGCGACGCAAAUCCAUACCCAUAGCCCGACCUGUGUCAAUACCUGGGCGUUCCUGAACGUUUCGGUGCUCUACUGGCACGUCUUCCGACAAUGGCCGCACCUUCGACGAGAAAGCGGCGCAGCCACUGCAGAUGGUUCCGUGGACGAGUCAAUACUCGUCGAGGAAGCAGGCCAGAGGAUUUGCCGCGUCGAGGCAUAUCGUCACCGGGGAGAUGUCCUUCGAGGGCUAUGUCUCUACGAUUACAUUUCGCUAGUCAGGCUGAAGCGCAACGACGGGGACGAGGCCCGCCGCCUGGGGCGAGGUCCCGCUUGA